GAGCGUUCUCGCUGCUGGUGGAUUGUGCCGCCUGGUGCUGAGUUUUGAACAUUUCGAAUGGGAAUUUGUAAACAGGCUAGAAACCAAUCGAAGAUCAAGAUGGCAGCCGGCUUUGACUCAGAUGGGCGUCUUCAGUGGCCACGUCUCUCAAAAGUUCAGGUGCACCGUUCCUUGUUCCAAUCUCGGCAUUAUCAAGACCUACCAUCUUACCCAUUAUGGAGUCUAAGGCGUUUGAAGAAUCGCCGUAAUAUGGACCAGUCGCACGUGAGGGACAUAAUACGAGAAGUGACAGCGGAAGCACACGACCACAAACAUUCGAAGAAAUAUGGAAGUAUACCAGACCUUGGCGUUACGGCGGCAGCACCCGCCAACACGACUACAGCGGAAUUACGUAUAAAGCAGAAUCCUCUCUGGAAAUGGCCAGCGCGACAGCGCAGGAGCGCGCUACAAGCGCAAGAGUAUCGACAAAAGUUGGCUGCUCUGCAGACAUCACCUGCUGACGAUGGACGGGGUACACUACAGUUGAAAGAAACCAGGGAUUUCAAGACUCAGACACUUUGCACUACUCUCGCUACGCAGAAAGGAUCGACAGGGUUAGAGGUACCACCAGAAUCAAAGGACGUUUACGAAGGUCGCGACGACCACUACAGACUGACACGUUUAGAAGAAGCACACAUUCUGACAGCUGCACUAUCACACAUACUGCGCCACCUUUACAGCGGUGAGGAUAUUCGUUGGCCACAUCCUGAGGCCGUUACCAGAAUGAUUUUGGCCAGCAAUAGCUUACCAGCGUCGGAUUUACCAGCGCUGAAGACUUUAGUGGAGAAAGCCUUCGAAACGCGCAGUGUGGAGUUGAACUGGGAUGAACAGUCAGAGGAAUUCGCUCGCACUUACGGCCGGGCAGAUUCUUGUCCAUUCAGGCAACCGUUCACAAUAACUUUCAGCUACGUUACUCAUUAUAUAUUUAUUAUAGUUAUUGUGGCUCUUGUAGUUACGGUGUAUACACAACCUGCUGUCUUGUGA